AGGCACUCGUACGCGAUACAGUAACUGAUUUAUUAUUGUGUUUUUUUUUGCGAAUAACCAAGUAGCUGUUAUUCUAAGCAUUUCUUAAGCAUAUCAAAUAAUACUGUGCGAGUUUUUAAUUUAAUUUAGUUUAGUUUAGUUUAAAAAUAUUGACUUUUUCGCGGAGGGAUCUGUACGCAGUCCGUUGGCUCUGGUGUGGAGGGUGAUUUGAAUCGCUUUCUGCUUCUUCACUUUUUAAUGAUUUUUAUUUCGUGUACAUACGUGUUUUUAGAGAUACCAGUGCCAUUAUAUGACAUAAUACUAUAAUCGGUUGUUUUAUGUAUUUUUUAACGACAAACGUCGGUUUUUGUUUAGAUUAAAUUUGCGAGAUGGCUACGGUGGAGAUGAACACUGCAAGCACUGAGGGAGAUCAAGAGAAGAUGCCGUCUCGCUCAGAAGAAGACGACCUGCCAGGUGUGAAUGAGACCUCCGGCAACGUGGAUUUCUCUGAGCUAACACCUUGUCAUUUUGGCAUCUCAGUCCAGAGUUUUACCACAGGAUGGUCAUCAAACUGUAAAGAUAAAUCGUUGAAGGCACACAUAAAAUCGAGGCGGAGGUCCAGUGUUGGUGUCCGGGGCUCCCCAGAGACAAAUUCUCUCAUCCGCUUCAUAGCGCAACAGAGGAUGAAGACUCCCAGGCCCUCACAAACUCCUGAGCUUGUCAGGAGUAGCCCCUUCCUUCCCCGGGUCGCCUCCGCACUCAGGAAGAAGAUGGCCUCCUUCCAGAACCUGAUGGAUGUGGACGAGAGCGACGCCUCUGAUCCGGUGCCAGCGCAGGACAACGACACCGGAGGAUGCAUCAAGACAAGAGAUUAUCUGUCUGAUGGGAACAGCUGUGGCGAAGGGAAGGAGAACAACCCACCAGUGUCACCCACGCCCAGCAAGAGGAGGCGCCUGGGCCCCCUCGAAGGCUGCAGCGUGGAGAUUAGAGAGACCGACACUCCUAUCCUCAAAUCCAGUUUGAAGGAGCAGGAGGAUGGUGGCUUUGAACUCCAAAGCCCCAGCCGACCACUGCCUGAUGAUCCCGCUGCCGCUUCACCGCCCCAGCAUUCCCCCUCCUCCGGCAUCUCCUCCUUCCCCUCUCUAGUGGAGAUGAAACACACAGGAGAGGAUGACUCCACCAGGACGUCCGCAGUGAAGAAGAAGAAGGUGCGCUUCGGAGGUCCUCUCUCUCCUGAGUUUUUCGAUAAGAACCUACCUCCUAGCACCCCUUUACAGAAGGGGGGCACGCCGGCCCGAUCCCUCACACCAGGGGGGGGCUUACAGCUGCGCUCGCUGUUGAAGACACCACAGAGGAGUGAAUCCCAGACGCCACGGCCUCAGCAAGCCUUCUGCAGCCCCACUAUGUUCGGUGCUUCCCCUGUACUUACACUUCCACGCAACCACAGAAUGAUGUCUGACAGAGAGGAGACUGAGGAGGCAGAUGUAAAGAUUGCUUUUCCUUCGAUGGAGGAGGUUGACUCAGCAGUGACGAGUGAUACAGAGUGUACAUGGGACUCUCAGGGGGUGAAUUUAAACAUUGCGUUCCAUGACGAGUCUCUCAUUCAGACUGUCGCAGAAUCUGACAACAUGCCCAGCACAGCAUCACUGAUCAGUGUCCUGGAUGAGGUGGAGAGGCAGUCUGAUGCAGAUGUUGAAAUUCCAACUCCAGUGCGAUCCGGCAACAGAAGAAAAAAGCGAGGACCAGAGCAGGAACCUGCCAGUGAGGCUCCGGUUCGCUGCAGCAGCCGGAAGAGAAAGCAGCCGGAGGAGAGCGAGCCUCUGAAGAGGUCGUCACGGUCGGCUGCCAAGUUGGCCUCUGGGAAGAUGAAGGUCACAUCUGCAGCCGCUCGUCAGUGGAAGAAGGACGUGGACCGCUCCCUGUACAGCUCCCGUGCAUACGCCUCCAAGAACCCCACCCUGAGCCCCAUCACUGAGAGGCUGUCCUUCAGCAGCCAGUCUGCACCGGCACAGCAGACUCCCUCUGUAGUCUGCACGGCAGGUUCACAUCAGGAGACCAGUUUGAACCCUGAGAGUACGGACAACACUCAAGUGAAAGGUGACCUUGCUUUCACAAAUACCGUGGAAACUGCUUCAGAAGAGUCUGUCGCAUCUCUCAAAUCUAGUAAAGUCAGACGAAUUGGAUUGAAGAAAAGAAAGGUCAGUACUCCCAGCAUUAACGUGAUAAGUGAGGAGCCUCUGGAGCGGACUGGAGGAAAGCUAGAGGAACACUGUGAGGACAACACCAGCACAAGCUCUGAGGCGUCGACCCCAUCAAAAAACACUGUUCAGCAGGAAGAAGUUGCCUCUGAAGACCUCUGUGCUUACGCAGAUCCACCUUGCACAGACUCAGACAGAAAAUCAGAAUGUCAUGUACCCACCUCAGACUGCCCAACAUCAGCUGAUGCACCCAGCAACACGGCACAAAGAAAGGCCAAGCGGGGCAGAAGGAGCUCUAUACACAGCUCAGCCCUACAGAAGCAACAUGAGGACGCGGAGGAGCAGCAAACCAGCCAUGAAGUGGAUGAGAAGGGACAAGGAGUCCAAGCAGCUGUCCAGCAGGAGAACAUCCAGUCCAGCUCUGACAGCCAGGAGAAAGGGGCUUUAGUUGGUGCGGACUUUGCCCCCUGGCAGUCUGACUUUAAUUUUGAAGAUGUGUUCAAACCCAUUGCCACUAGAGAGCAUCGCUCAGUACGCCGCAGCCUAAGGAACCAGAGUAACUCUGAGCACAGCGGGAGCAGCAGCAGCAGCAGCAGCAGCAGCAGCAGCAGCAGCAGCAGCAGCAGCGCAGGACUCGCCUGGCUGCCCCUUACGUCCCCUGACUCCUGUAAAGACGCCUCCAGGAAGACCCGGGGCCGACGAAGAGCUGCUCUACCUGUCCAGCCUUCACUCCCUGAGGAGACACAAGGCGCCUCAUGAGAUCACCUGCUCGUAUGAAUGAACUGAGAUUAAAGGGAGAUAACUAAUACAUUCAAUACACCUUCUUACAUUUCUGCCUUUUUUUCCGAUUCCAAAGAAGUUGCUGGUUGUUUUACAUUGGCCGAAACAUUGAUGCUUUUGUGCUCAGUGAAUUAUUAGAGCUGACCAGCAAUUUGUAACCAGUUUCCCUCCAGUAACUAAGCCCGUCAAUACGCUGAGAGCCCAAUCAUCUGUGCUGAACACCUCCUAAUCAAUAUCGUACCACUCAGCUGGUAAUCACAGUGCAUCUUCAUUCUCCCUCUCCAAAGUCACUGGAUCAAGAGCGUCUCCAAGUCCAUAUCGACUCUAGUGGAUUGAUGAAGAUGGCUGUGCUGCAUUCCCCAUCUGUCAGCCAAGGCUGCGACGCUUCACUCACAGAAAUCAUAUUAAUCCUCUUGAAUAAUUUUGUUGAUUUGUGGUUGCUGCUGUGUGUUUUUAACGAUCUGAACAGUUUUCUCUGAGUGUAGUGAAAUAUCAAGAUGUACCCCCUUCAUUCUGCUUCUGAGUUAAUGCAUGGAAAGAUGACACAUUAGUCCGAAUGGUGUUCAUCAUUUAGACUCAUUUGGAAGGAAUUCAUGCAAAUAAAAAGCGUCUCCACUGUCUCAACAA